GAGGCCUGCGCUCUUCAUGCUCUCGGCCCAUUCGCUGAUUUUGCUCCCUCGCUGUCGAGGGAGCAUGGCAGGACGAGUGAUCCGAGGCCUGUAGGCCCGGGGCGAUGGAUGGAUGCACGCGAGCAAGCAAUUGGCACGAGAAACUCACAAAUUCGUUUGUCUUGCCGGAAUCUUUCGCUACGCUCUGCGCAUUUCUCGGCACCUCGUCGGCAGAUACGGCAAAUGAUUUGAUCGAUCGAGGAUGGGGAUGGAGAUGAUCCUCCGGGUGCACAACGCACUUCGGGGAGCAUUCCGUGGAGGGGUUUGAUUGCAGGAGAAGGUGUGGGCGGGUCUUGCCGAGUUUGGGGGUGGGCUUCUUGCGCCUUCGGGACUGACACUUUUGAUGCUUUUGUUCUCUUCGUGCUCUUGUGCCCCAAAAAGUCCUCGCUCGAGCUUUGAGAAUGUCCGCUCCUGUCAGCGCAGAUUGGACGGGCGUACAUGUCCUUGGUGCGGCGAGCGAUCUCGGACUUUAGACAGGUGUGAUGACUCGGACGCUUUGCGAUCCGGGACCUCGCCUUGCCCGUCCUCCUCGUCCUCGUCCUGCGGCCACUUCUGCUUGUCCUUUGCCCGAGCUUUGAGGAUUUUCUCCAAAUCCUUCCCUUUCUCCUCCUCCCUCAUCUGUGGGGCCCGCGCUCACCUUUCAGCAUUUAUUGCAGUAUUCAUAAUUUGCAGAGCAAGGGAAUGAGGUACUGCCGCUCGUCGUCUCCAGUUCCGGUGGACGGAUCCGAUGCAUUGCCAUUGCCAUCGCCAUCAGACCAAAGAAUCUGCUGCACAAGCGUCGCUCAUGUUCUCCCCACGAACGUACUUACUUCGAAGCUGCCGCCGGCAUCGAAUCGUUCGUGUACUCAAGGCGGAUCGCAUGGUGCCGAAGGAUGAUGGUACCCUAGAGCAUCGAUGUUAAAAUAAUAAUAAUUUCCGAUGGAGCUGUGCUCGAGUUCUCGAGCUGCGCAUAUCUGUGAGGUGGAGAGAAAAUCCGGUGACGGGAAAUGGCGCAAGGUUUUUCGGCCGAGCUUUUUGGCUUGUACAGCUGUCUUCAUCAUGUUCGUGUUAUUUAUCUGCAACGUGGCUGUGAAUGAACCUUAUAUCUAUCACAGGGAAUGGAGUGUUACGACGUUUAUGCAGAGUUUCAAACCUGCCAAUGUUAUGAAUUGCACGGUACAAGCCCAAGCUUCACCAGUCAAAGAACGUCCGAACGAAUGUCCGAAACCUGGAAAGCGAGAGGGUACUGAAACCUUGCCACGUGGAAUAGUGGAGGCUACUUCAGACCUUGAACGUAGACACUUAUGGAAGGUUUCCGAAAACGAUGCAGCCAUGUCUCAAAACCUUCUUGCUAUGGCUGUUGGUAUCAAGCAGAAAAGCAAUGUGGAUAAAAUUAUCCAGAAGUUCCCCGCAGACAAUUUUACGAUCAUGCUCUUCCACUACGAUGGACAAGUAGACGCGUGGAUGGAUAUGGAGUGGAGUCCUCAAGCAAUUCAUGUAAUGGCUGCCAAUCAGACAAAAUGGUGGUAUGCCAAGCGGUUUCUGCACCCGGACAUCGUCGCGAGGUACAAUUAUAUAUUCCUCUGGGACGAAGAUCUCGGGGUGGAAAAUUUCCACGCUGACAGAUAUCUAAACAUCAUGGAAGAUGAAGGACUUGAGAUUUCUCAGCCUGCCCUCGCUUCAAGCUCUUCAGAGGUUCACCACAGAUUAACUGUACGCCAACCCAGAGAGAGAGUUCACAGACGCUUGAUAACAGGAACUGGAUGGAACUCAUGUAACGCCAAUAGCACCGGUCCUCCGUGUACAGGGUGGGUAGAAAUGAUGGCUCCAGUGUUUUCUCGGGCUGCCUGGAGGUGCACUUGGUACAUGAUUCAGAAUGACUUAGUUCAUGCCUGGGGUCUAGACUACAAGCUUGGUUACUGUGCCCAGGGAGUUCGCAGUGAGAAAGUGGGUAUCAUCGACAGUGAAUAUAUUGUUCACGAAGGCAUUCCCUCCUUGGGAGGUCAACCUCAUGACAAGACUGCAGAGAGUCAAACAAAUCUGAGGACUGCUAACGUGCUUGACGCUAGCCUCCUGGAUCCCGACGCUGUGGACACUCGAGGAGAGAUUAGAAAUAGAUCUAAAGUUGAGUUGCAAGCGUUCUCACGACGAUGGAGAAGAGCAGCUGCAAGCGAUCCAGAAUGGAUGGAUCCAUUCAAAGUAGAGCUUCCGUCCGAAGAAAACCAUUACGCUGUUGAAACCAAGCCAGAUGGAAGAUUUGCUCCAGUUGAUCCGUCGGCAAAGCAAGCCAAGAAAGCCUCGAGAAAUAAAGCCAGAGGACCGAAUAGGACAGGGUAAUGGAAAGUACCUCAAAGGAGCUGAUCAUUCUUCCUACACUGCAGAGGCCGUACGAGGUCAAGCGGGCGCCAGAUGCUUUUUCUGUCGCUUUAAGUAGGGGUGGUAUAGCGUAAUGCUCCGUCCUUAUAUUGUACAAUUUACAAUUGUCUCAUGCACCUCAUCGUUGUGUUCACUUUGAGCUCAGAUGGCUACUGUCCAGCGAAAAUGAACGGAGCAUAUAUCUUCUGUGGUAGGACUCAAUUGCUUCUAUAUGCUACCUUCGGUUAAGAUUUAGGUCGUCAACGCUGAUAUAGCUAAGAGGGGUCCUUUCAAUGCAACUCAAGGAUAUUAUUAGGAACAGGACUGUCACCGAGAUCGACUGAGCGGAAGCUUUGCUGCGACGACAAUCAUCCAGCAUUCCAGGCCGUCUUGAAGAUGCCUAACAUUGGAAAUGGAUCUACCACAGUUUUUUCGACUUUGUCCCGGUUGUCGAGGUCUAGUGAGGAGGCAGUCGACCUGGAAUGGUUUGUUAGCGGGGCUGUAAACGAAAAAUGAGUUGUGAGUUCUACGGUGAAGGUAUGCUUGAUGCAGAUUAUUCUUUUGUCCGUGGCUGUGAUUUUCACACCACAUUCAACCUCAUACCCCAAUUAUUUUUGCUCAAAAGAGAGAGCGACAUUCACACGAUCU